GAACCUCGCUUUCCAGUUUUUAUGGGUGGUAUAGAAGUAGUAGGGUUUAAAAUGUUAUUGAACCCUACUGUCUUAUAGCCUACUUGAAAAGGAUGCACUAAUAUAGCAGUUAAGAGGCACUGUACAGCCUGUGUUAGAAAUCAACUGGCACAUUCUUGGCUGAAAUGUGGAAGGGGAGGGGACAGUGAUAAAAUGUUGCCAGCCAGUGCUAGAAACACACAAACACACACUAGAGAGAGGGGUGGCUUGCUGGGCAGUGCCAUCUGCUCCGCUGGGCAUGGUGUAUUAGUAUGUUAAAGAGACGAGAACAUGAUCUUCAGCACAGGAUGCACGUCACUCUGUCUACUCUAGGCCUGCCCUAGUUGUACAGGCUAAUCUUCGUUGUGUUGUGUUGAGAGUAGCCUGUACAACUAGAGCAUGCCUGUGCUGAGCUCUACAGAGUUUGGUGUAAAACAAUGCUGUGAGAGGUAGCCUAGGCUUUGUCUAUUUACUAAGCCUAGGCUACCUCUCACAGUGCGUGCCACUGGGGAUGUACUUUGCCGGACAUGCUAGCUGUUUUCGGCGGCACAUCAUCACUUCAAACGCAUUCCGUCGUGGUGUUAUCGGUUGGCCUACUACUACUAGUAGUACCGGUAAAAUCUGGGGCGCCAGGUCUUCAGCAAUGCCACCUCCCUCUCUUCCACCUCCCAUCCAUGUGCAGCACUGGAUAUCCCAGCCACCACAGCCAGGUCCAACACCAGAGCCACGCCACCACCCAGCUACCUUUCUACCCCCCUCCACCUCACACGGCCACCUCCACGCCACCUCCACGCCACUCCCACCACAUGCUGGCCACCCAGGCUGGAUACAACCUGCAGCAGAUGACAGCUGCUCCCUUCAACAGCUUCUACAUGCCCAUGUUCUCUUUGGGACUGGGCACGGGCACGAUGAAGAGCAGUGCCAACGUCUCUUGCUAUAACUGUGGACUAAGCGGGCAUUAUGCCCAGGACUGCAAACAGCCCUCCAUGGACGCCUGGCAGCAAGGUGACUUUCGGCUGAAGUACACGGACCCCCACUCCUUUGAAGCAGACCAAACUGACGGACAUGAGAGGGGACCGAGGCAAUGCUUUGUUUCUCACUACAGUAAAGAUUCCAGAAAAUGUUUUCAUGGGUUGAGUUUUUCACCAAUUGUAUUACUUUGCAAAUAUGCUGACUUGUUUCUCUGCAGAGAAUGGAAUCCUGUAUCAUUCUCAGACUUUUCAGAGGACGGUGGUAUUUUGCACUGGAGACAAGUACAAGACAGGCUCACGUUUUCAGACUAGUCCACUUCUUUAAAGAAAGAGACCCACGUCUUUAAAUGGUGUGGUGGUAAACUUGCAUUUAAUAAGGAUUAAUGGAUUGACUGAAGGUUGUUAUAUCCACAUUUCAAAGCAGGUCUUUUUAGUACAUUUCAAUUCUUACAGAAUCUGCCUUUGGUUCAAGUCAUUAUACGUUAGGCUAAGUAGCCUAUAUCACCAAAAGCAUUUUAUGUCUUCAAGUCUCGGUUCCCCCUGUCAGUUCUUUCAUAGGUUAGCACUUGUAAUGGGAGGGAAGGUAGAAAAGGUGGUUGGACAAUACCUUAGUGCCUCACAGAGAAAAGAUGGAGAGGGUUUUACAUUUGAGUCAUUCAGCAGACGGCCUUAUCCAGCGCGACAUACAGUUUCUUACUUUUUUGUAUUAUCUCAUAGGUGUUCAAAAUGCAAGAUACAGUUUCAAAGCAGCUCCUAGUUAACCAGCUAAUUUUCAUUUUAUUUAUUUGAGAACAAAAUAUGUGAAGAACCUCACGCUCUUAUUUUUGGGGGAUUGUCAUAAAGCGGGGAAAUGAUGCAUGGUUUAUAAGAUAAAGUAUGUAUGUCAUAAUUAGGUUUUUGACAGAAUAUGCUGAAUGCUGUAUUUGAUUUGUUUUACAAGCUAAUGGUAUUCCAUUUGAGGGAAAUUUUGUUUGAAAAAAGUAAGUUUUAUUGCCGUUUGUUACCACUUGAUAUAAUGUGAAGCGUGUAUUAAGUCAAUCAUGUCUCAUUCAUGAUGUUAAUGCUACUGCUGUUUGGUUUGUUUCCUGGGGGCAAAAAUGCACUAAUUUGUGUGUAUGUGAGUGGGUCAUGUCCCCAAUGCUCUCAGGCAAUGAGAGGACUCUUGUGGUUGUAUCCCUUGAGCGUCUCUCCUCUAGGAAGAGAUUUAUUGAGGUCCAAAUCAACUGUAGUCACCGGCCAGAAGGUGGCAGUGUAUGUCAAGUGUAGAUAUCAAUGUUGUACUUAAAGAACCUGUAUUUGAUGAGAACAGUAUUUAUAGUAGGAGCAGUAAUUAUUAUUUUAUUUUUUUAUAUUGAGUCCAGGUUGAAAAUAAUACUGAUCAGAAAGAGGGGUUUCUGCAUUUUAACAUUGCAUAGAACUAUAUCAAAUCAUCAAUGUCUAGGGGAAGAAAUCUUAUUUAAUCUCAGAACAAUCCCAUAUAUUCAAUAUUCUGUGCAGAUUUAUGGAGCAUAGUAAAAUGUGUAAGCCAGAGACAUCUAGAUAUAACUAAGGCUAUUACUUAUUUCACUACAUUGGCAACAAUUCAAUGUAACAAGCAGAAAACAGAAUCAACCUGCCAACCAUUGAAAAUGUAUUCUGUAUACCAAAUGCAUUGAUCAUGCUUCGUCUGUCACUUAAAUUCAUCUGUUGUAGCCUAUUUAGAUCAUGACUGAAGCCAGUGAAACCCUGUUGACCAGACACAGUAUACUGUUAGCACUAGGAGAUUUUCUUGGAAUACUCAAGUCAAAGCAAGGUUUUAGUAGCCAGCCAUUGGCAGUGUGUAAAGAAGAGUGGUGGAUCAGUUGAGUGACUGAUGACUCCGUGAUAGAGCUGCCAGGGGCGCGUUCAGCAGGAUGGAACGUUCAGAUAGAAAUAGGCUAUGUAGAGUAAAGAAUCACAUCAGCUCUAUUCAUGGCCUUUCUAUCUGCAACGUUCGAGAACGUUCGGCCCAGUAGUCUCGUUUGAACCCGGCGUGUAUGUCAUCCAGGGUUUUUCGGGUUGCUGAUGCGUGUGCCAUGCAAGAGCACAGGUUGGCGUGCUCCAGUCAGCUGCAGCCCUGCAUAGUCUUGUUUCCAGUCACAGCAUGGCAAACGCAGCCCUCUUAUUGGAC